UUGUCGCUGCCCAGAAACUCGGAGGGAUGGUUGAGAGAGAAGAGAAGAGCGGCGUACGAGGAUAAGAAGAGAUCGGCAAGAGGUGGCAGUCGUAGUGGAGGUGGUAGUAGCGGCUCCCCUCUCUGGCAGCGGCAGCGGUAGCAGGAACAGCAACACGUAGUACACGGUAACCCUGUGACGAGGACGCAGUACGGUAGUACGAGUUCGUUAGCCACGGUCGCUUUUGGUAGUCCCAUAGACUAGCUUUGAAUUGAACCACAGUCUCAGUCUCGCUCGGUCCAGCGGCGCAGUCGCCGUUACGCGUACACAUUUUUUCGUAUCUACCACUCCGACCACUAGCACCACCGCCAGCGUCGCUGUUACCACCGCUACCACCACCUGGUCAUCGACGAGCGUGUCAACAUACACGUUAAACGUCACCAGGACCACCGAGCCAUCCGGUUAGCUCCUGGGAAAUAACGAACGAACGUCCUAGCAUCGUCGAGACGGCGCGAGAAUGAAGCUGUGCCGGAGUUUGACGCUGGUCGGUGUCGCCCUGUUGAUGAUCGUCGUCGCCAUCCGGGCGGAAUCCGAUCUGUGGGAAGAAGAUGACAAGGAGGUUCUCGUGCGAACUGUUCGCGGUACCAAAGAACGAGCAUCCGGUAGCACUUCGUCGUGUAGAUACGUGAAGGGUCAAUGGUCGGAAUGCGAUUCGAAAACCAACACGCGAUCCCGUACGCUGAACCUGAAGAAGGGUGACAAAUCCUGCGAGCUGACCAAAACCAUCCAGAAGAAGUGCAAAAAGGCUUGCCGGUACGAGAAGGGCACGUGGAGCGGAUGCGUGAAUCAGCUGAUGGCAAGAGUGGACAAUUUGAAGGCGAACAGCGACGCCUCCUGCGAGAAGACGCGCCGACAGACCAAGAGGUGUAAGCUGGAGACCAAUACCAAGAAAUCGUCGCCCAAAGGUGAACGAGCGGCCAAGAAAUCGGGUAAGCAGUAAGCGGAAUACACACGUCGCGUGUGUAUCGUCGAUCGAUCGCUCGACGUAUCGUGGUACGUGACGAUCCGUUUCGACAACAGGCAACGAAAAAAUGAAAAAACUUGUCUUUUCCAAAAGAAAACUCUAAUUUUUCCAACACACAAAUAUGUACCAUCUACCUAUUAAUAUCUAGCGUAAACGAUACGAAUGAAACGUUCUGCGUUUCGUACGGUGAUCGUUGAUUGUAAGAAAAAAAAAAACAGAAUACAAUCGAGUACGGAUAAUGAUCCGACUUUCAAAACCGUAUGCGAACGAAGGCACACACCUGUCCGAUUUUCGGCAAAUAAUUACCGAUAGUAUGUUCUCAGAUUUACACUUCCAUUCUGUGUACGAGGCCAAACGUUUAUUAGUCGCGUAUUGCGAAAGUAAUAAGAAAACCGAUGCAUAGUUGAUUCCGAAUCUCCUUAGCUUUAGCGAUUCCGUCGUUUUCCGAAAUUGCCGUGUACCAAUUGCGUUCUUCUUAUCGCAUCGUCGGUGCAAUGGCAUAAAGCCGAGGGCGAUUACACGUUAUCGUUCCUUCUUUUCCUUCCUUCCUACUCCGUUUCAUUCGUUGAAUCCUUUGACCGUAUUAUUCGAUACAUUGUAAAUAAUACGAUUGGCACGGUUUGCUUACCGUUUUGAAACAAAUUACAGUUAUCAUCGUACCAUGCUACCACGUCGAGAUACGACGAUUAUAUAGCUAUACAUAUACGACAUGGUAAAUCUUUGAUAUAGUUUGGAGAAUCGACUAGAGAACGACUGCCGUUGAUAUUAUUCGUAAACGUGCGUUCCGUCUAGAAUGUCACGCGCGACGUUUACGGGCAACCCGCAUUCGAGUUUUCAAAGUUGCAAUUCCGAAUAUGGUUAUUGAUUGUACCGAGACUAGAAUUUGCCGAUUAGAUUAUAAGCCAAGUUCGCCUUUCUUUCGAGAUACGUCGCGUCGUCGAAGGGAUCGAAGGAAGAAAGGAGAAGAGCAGACUACGCGUCUACGGUUUCUAUGUUUUUUAAGAUGCCCGUUUAAAUGACUUUGUCUUCCCAUAAUUACAUACAUACGUACAUAAUUAUAUGUAAACGCAUAAGGUAAGACGCCGAUAACGCGGCGAACAUUUCUUUUUCUACGCGUAUCAAAGUUUAGAAUCGACUCUCUUCGCGUUUCAUUAUUUUUUUUUUUCUCUUUUAUCGAGUAGUGUUUACACUUAAAACCAGGUACAAUGUUUGUGGAUAGAGAUCGUAAACUCUUGAUCGUCGCAUAGAUAAUAUACAGUGUUCGAUGUUUAACUUAUAAAUCCAAUGAUUCCCAAGCUCGUUGGACGUCCCUUCGUUCCCGAUUAGGAGGGAAAGCAGGAAGAAACGAUUUACUCGUUUGCGAGGGAGGAACGAAGAUUCGAGCCGAGAUUGAAGUCGAACCGAUCGGAGAAUAUUCAAUGAAGAAUAUCGCGUCCUCAAGUUUGGGAAUCAACGUAUAACACACGAUUAAGCACAAUUCGAUAACUAUUAUCCGUUUUAUUCUACAUGUAUCAAUGAUUCUUCUCGACAAGACGUUAAUCCCUGCAUAAAACGAAACGUCUAUGUAUACAGUCGUUAUAUGUGUCUCGUAUUAUCUCUGAAUGGAAAAAGUUAAUAAUAACGAAAGCCAGAUGAGCAUGAAAAUCAAAUUAACAUAACGCAAAAGUAUCAGGCGUCUCGUAGAUUCGGAACGCUAAUUGAUAUUGGAGAUUAGAACUCGCCUCUACGAGACGUGCCAUUGAAACUAUAGAAAUCAAACCCUUCCCAUCCCGAAUACAAGAUUGUAUUUGUUUUUAAGUCUAGAUGAUGUAUACAGGACGAUAAAAGCCAAAUCAGCGAAUUAAAUAAAUAACGAAUACGAUACCCGAGGUAUCCGCGUAAAGAGAAUAAAGAAACGUUCGGCGAACACGCAAUAUACGGAUCGAUGGUGUUAAUCGGUAUCGAUGAUCGUAGAUUAGACUACAUACCUAUUAUGUACAUCAUAUCAUCAUUACUUAUACGUAAAUCGAAAAUGAAAGGAAAGAGGUACGAAUCUAUCGAUAGAGAUUAAGAUUGCAUUAUCUACGUUCUAUGGUUUCUUCUAAUUAAACUUAUCGUUAAACGGCUAUUAAUGCAUAAUUAAAUAAUAACAUGCUUAACUUGCGUGGAACUCGAUGGAGGGUUCCCGUGUCUUAAACGCAUUGUAACAUAGCAUAACGACGAUAGAAAAUACGCUAACGAUUAGAGAAGAUCGAGUCUGUUUUCCGUUAAUUGAUCAAAUGCGACGCAACGAGCGCCGAUGAUUCUUUUACAAAUUUCGAUCCAUCAUUGUGCAUUCGCAACAUAAUCAAAAAGUCUUUCCAAUGAUGUUGUCAACGUUGACACAGUCGUCCGAUUGCGACUUUCGAAAUUUUUUAAUCGUAUUCAAUUUGUAAGCGAAUUCGAAAUCAAAACGUAUAGGCGGGUAAA